UUCUUCAAAAAUGAACAACGAAUUAUCCAGCUUGUUGGCGUCCUGACGUCAUCCGUUGCUACAGUAACGACAUAACGCGUUAAAGCGCCGCUUACAGGUGUACACCAGGAAAGGUUAAAGUUCAGCAGGUUUAUCUCUCCAGAUAAAGUCUUCAGUGUGUUACAGCAGGUGAUCAGUGAUGUGCUUCAUCUGUCCAUAAGACAUGACCUCACAGAUAGACCUGCUCGCUCACCCCAAACCCAACCUGCUUAAAUUCCCAGACAGGCGCUCAGUAUACUGGCUUGAUGAACUUCCAGCUGAGUCGAAGAAGAACCCCACGACGACUUUUGAAACGACUUCUCGCUUGGAGCAGCUCGCCCAGAACAAACAAGCGGGCCGUUUCUUUGAGAAUAGAAGAUCAUCAGAAUGGGUGGUUAGUGUAGCCGCGCUGAAAGCACGUCCUUCUCAAAGAAUCUGUUCUCUGGCAUUGCCCCGUGUACCCGCCGAAGGCUGGCAGCCUGACCGGCCACUGCUGGCCCCUUUGAGUGUUGCAGUUCAAACUGUCAGAGCGAGCCCGAGGAUCUGUCAGCUGGCGCAGCCAAAACGGAUGAAGAUGAUGUUGAACGGCUUCAGUGCUGAAUCAAGUGGCCACACAGUGACCGUUCCCACGGCGACACCAUCCCCACGUUUACUGCAGCUGGCCUCUCCUAAACAGGUCCAUCCACAGCACGCUCUCGACCGGCCGGUGUCUUGGCCGAUUCCAAAUCACAUUCUGAAGACCUCAGCCAGCGAGAGACUGCGCCUUCUGGCUCGACCGAAGACCCGUCAGGCCCUGUUUGAGGCGUAUGACCCUUACAGCGUCAGUCCUGCUGCCCGGGUGGCCACUGCUUCUCCCAGACUGCUGGAGCUUUCUUUACCAUUACCACGGAAAUGUAAAACCUAAUACACGCCGUUCCUCCAUCUGUAUGAAGUACAUACAGUACAUUAUUUUAGAGUUUCAUUUUUUAGGAUGAUGUAUUCUGUGUCAUUUAGAAUGUAAUGUGAAUUCUGACAUUUAAACAUGCUGUACGGUCAAUAUGUAGCUAUAGAAGUAAAGAAGUGUGCGUCCUUGUGAAAUAAGCAAUGCAUCCACAAGGGUUUUGUGUUUGCUGUCAGGUUU